CAAAUCAUUGAGCCAUGAAGAAGACAUAUUAUAGCCAAUAUCAUAAAAAUUGUGCGUUUCAUAUAGUAUAAUAUCAUCUACAACAUGUAAAAAAUUAUUUAAAUAUCUCAUAUAUGUAAUUCACAAUGAAUGUGAUAUAUAUAUACACAUGCAUUCCCACAAAAAAAGAUAGUAUCUCCAUUAACGGCCACCAUGAAGCUCGAAUUCAUGAUCCUCCUCCUCCUCGCCGCCACCGGCGACGCCCACAACGUCACCCGCAUCCUCGCCUCGCACCCCUCCCUCUCCACAUUCAACCAAUACCUCACCACCACACACCUCGCCGACGAGAUCAACCGCCGCGACACCAUCACCGUCUGCGCCGUGGACAACGCCGCCAUGGCCGCCCUCCUCUCCCACCACUUCCCCCUCCCCACCCUCACCAACAUCCUCUCCCUCCACAUCUUCGCCGACUACUUCGGCUCCAACAAGCUCCACCAGAUCACCAAGGGCUCCACCACCACCUCAUCCCUCUUCCAGGCCACCGGCGAGGCCGCCGGCACCUCCGGCUACGUCAACAUCACCGACCUCAAAGGCGGCAAGGUCGGCUUCACACCAGUGGACGCCGACGCCGCCGAUCAACCCAUGGCCACCUUCGUCAAAUCAAUCUACGAAUUGCCCUACAACAUCUCCGUCAUCCAAAUCAGCAGCAUCCUCACCUCGCCGGAGGCCGAGGCCCCCGCCGCCGCGCCCUCCGAUUUUAACCUAAUCUCUCUCCUCGCGAGGCAGGGCUGCAAAUCCUUCUCCGAUCUCCUCACGGCGCAGCGCUCCGCCGCCGACGCGUUCGCGGCGAGCGUCGACAGCGGCCUCACCGUCUUCUGCCCCUCCGACGGCGCGGUGAAAUCGUUCGCGCCGUCGUAUAAAAACCUAACCGCCGCCGGAAAGGCGUCGCUCCUGCUGUACCACGGCGCGCCGGAGUACAAUUCGCUGGGGAUGCUGCGAUCCGGCGGCGGAUUGGUGAGCACGCUGGCGACGGAGGGGAAGAGGAAGUUCGAUUUCACGGUGCGGAGCGACGGCGACGAAGUGAAGGUGGAGACGGAGGUGGUGACGGCGACGAUCAAGGGCACGCUGAUUGAUAGGGAUCCGGUGGCGGUGUAUAAAAUCGAUAGGGUUCUGCUGCCUACUGAGCUGUUCAAGACGGCGCCGGCGGAGGCGAGAGAGGAGGCGGAUGCGCCGGGGCCGGCCGGCGACGACGACGUGACGGCGGAUGAAAAUUCGAGUAGCGGCGGUUGGAGGGUUGCGAGCGGUGGCGGGAUCGUGGCGCUGAGUACUUUUGCUGUCGUUUUCGGAGUUUUAUUGGUUUAUUAAGAUUUAGUAUCAUUUAUUUAUCUUUUUAUUAUUUUUUUGUGUGAAAAAUAGAUUUGUUUAAAAUUCAUGAGUUUUUUUUUUAUUGGCUUUUUUUUUUCUCUGUAAAGAAGAUUGUAUUUUUAUUGGGGUUUUUUUUUCAUCUUUCUACUAAUAAGAGGAUUCCUUUCCUAUUCAAA